GGGAAAAGGCCAAUGGACUCUUUAAAAGACUGCAUCCUUCUUUCCUGCAUGAGCAGACGACGAACUUUGUAUUUUCCCACUGAUGCCAGUGAAUAUUGUCGGUUUUUGUUAUUAAUCACAUCUACAAAGAGAAGGUAGCAUUGGUACCAAACUCUAUACGGCCAGCUGAAGAAGAAUGGCUCCCUACGCAUGCUCGGGCCGUGCUAGUACGACCCUCCUAUUACUAUUGUCCCCUCCUCACCACCACCACCACCACCACCACCACCACCGCAGCCGCAGUCGCCGAUGAAGCUAUGGUGCGUGUAUGAUGCAACCAAGGUGCGCUGUGGUGCCAGCUACUCUCUCACCUCUGCCGAAGAAUGUCGAGAAGCGCCCUUUCCCAAAUUAAGGGCAAUGUGUUGGGCAGCGCCGGAGAAUAUUCCCUCACCAUGACGGCGUCGUCCUCCAAGCUGAGUGCUGGUUUAGGAUAUUGGGCGAGUUUUCGGACGCUGUCUGAGCCAUGUCUGCCAGGCAAAAGUGUGGAGUCUGGUGCAGCUCCGAAGCUAUCUUUCGGCCCAGGAACGGAGACACCUUCAUGAAUGGAGAAUAAUAUGUAAGCCGAUAUGGCUUCCCUGCAUAUUAACAAAUAUGGCUGCACUCAGCGGUAAGUCGUUGACAAGAUCCUUCGGGAAGCAAAGCGAUGCUGUCAGCAACAGAGCGGUGCGCUGCAACAUAGCAACAUGCGCCAAAUGGAUUUUGUGCUGUCCUGAGCUGCUCAAUGCAGGAUUUCUCGAGCUGGAGAUUGCACAUGCCCUGCCCGCAGCUGGGGUAGCACCACCUUGCUCGUUGCACCUGGCACAGGUGUACGUCCAGCAAGUUCUCAGUCUUGCACGUGGAAUCGAACGCUUUGUGUCCACUCGAACCACCUGCGGUGGUAUAGCAAGAAGCUGGCAGAUAUUCUGUACUUAUUUUCUGCAUCUUCAUAGAUAAAGAUGCAUCCCAAGUCCAGGCGCUGUACACUCAGGCAAUGAUCCGGCCAGCACUGCAGCGGCCAGCUGAACUGUCACGCAUUGCCCAUCUGCAUGUCACCUGGCUGGUCAGCACCUGCUAAGGAGCUCUCAAGGAAAGUUGACAUCUCCCUCGCAUUUUCAGCACCAAGACCAAAAUCCCAAUCAUCGAACAUGUCGUUCCAGUCCUGCUGAGAGAAGGGAAUGUCCUGGAGACCCGUGGCCCCGAAGGAUGUUUCAGGUUGAAGAGCGUAGGUCGGCGUUGGGCCUACGUUAUGUCCAGGCUGGGCUGACUCUCCUGUUUGAUAUGAGGUGUGAUUUGUCGGGUCAGCAUGCCCCUGUCCUUUACCUAGGUAGACGGUGGCAACAUGACUAAAGACCGUACAAGCGCGAUAAAGCUUGCUCACGCCAUCACUCGCCUGAGCGGCGCCCUGCAAGGUGCAGACGACUUGUUCCAAUAAUCGCAGAUCGUCAACAUCGUGGUCCGCAAUCACAUUUCCAAACACCACUAGGAAUGGAAUGAACGGGACCCAUACAAGGGUCCAGUAUAUGAAAAGUCGCCAUUUCUCGCCCGCCCGGUGCUUCAUGAUUUCCCAAGUUCUGUUGUGCUUGAUCAGCGCCAUGCGAGCGCUUUGAAGGGCCUCGUCGCAGAACUUGAGAGGAUGUGGUGUUCUACUGGGAGUCAGAGGAGCAGGUGGAAUAACCCGGUAAAUGAGAGUAAGGGUUGCGUCCAAGACAAUAUCAACCGAGAGCAUCAAUUCGCUUAGGGCUUCGGGGAAGGGAGUCUUCUCCGAGUUGACGAGAACCGUGUCUCUGAGGGCAAGCAGACGCCCAGCAAGAUCACGCGCCUGUUGAACUCUCAUUUCAAUCGGUUGCUUUUGUGCGCGAGGGCAGUACAGCUUCUCAUAGAUUUGUCCUUGAAGUUCAGCAAAGUCGAUCCAAUUAACAUACAGAGCACCCCAUGUGCCGGUGACCUCCUCAGGAAACUUGGGUCUAUCAACCGUGAUGUCGCAGUCUUGCAGACUGGGUGAGCGGCCCAGGUUGAGGGCCAUGCCCCGAUCCAGGGCGUAGACAAUCCAGAAAAGAAGCCUCUUCUUUGCCGCUUCGGGAGCUACUGAAUAUGGUGGGAGGCGGUGAUAACCGGCAUCUUGAACCAUUCGAGCAGCAUUGGUAAUCAGGGUCCAAGCGAACGCGUUGCGGGAUUGCUCCAUGGCUAGCAUGGCCUGAUUGAAAAAUAAAUAAGCAUCGAGAUAUAGCUGAGACGGACGCAAUAUUCUUACCGCAAGGAAGAGAGCCUCAGCGUUUUCAUAACUCACAUCCAUAAAGAGUCGAACAUUUCGCAUGGCUA